AUGACGACAACGACGACGAACGUGGUAAGUAGCAACGUGACGAGCGGCGGUGGCUCUGUUGGGCAGUUGAGUCCGACGAGUGUGCGGAGCAACGCUACUGGACCCUUUGGCGCCUACGGAAACUCUGAGACAGUGGGGCCGAUGGCGUCGCAGAUUAACUCUUCGAUGUUGUCGGCGCAUCAGUCUGCAUUCCAGUCUACGCAGCAGUCUUCGACGCAGCAGUCUUCGACGCAGCAGUCUUCAUUAGCGAGUACGGGCGCGGUGGAGGUGCCGUUAGGUAUGCCCAUUUCGGCGAUGGCCGCGGCGGCCAACGAUUUGGCUUCCUCGGAAACUUCGAGGCACCACGCCGGUUCGGUGCACCAAGCUGGCUCGGUACAGCUCACGGAACAGCGCGCCCCCUCCAGUCACAUGAGCAGCCAGGAACACAUGCGCACGGAGCAAUCCCAAGUGGAGAGAACUGAGCUAGUACAGAGGACUGAACAGGUGAGGACGGAACAAGUACAGGGUACCGAGAUGCAGGGGCAGAUGUCGAUGCCGGGAAUUACGCGUCCUGGGCCUGGUGGACCUGGAUCUGGUGGGUCCAGUGGACCAGGGUCUGGAGGCCCGGGAUCUGGGUAUGACGAGUAUUCGGAGAGCAGCAGCCAGCAGCACAUGAUUGUGAAUGUUUCGCAGAUGAACUCACCGGUGGCCAGUGGAGCGAUGUGUCGCUUGCCGCUUCAAGACCAGCGUGCGAUUUGGCUGACGAUGACGGAGAAGGCGUUGGAGUACGAGCAGGAGUUUGUCCGUCGGUCAUGUGCGGAGAGAGUGCGGACCAUGUUGGGCGCGGUGGGUGUGCCUGUUGAGGGUUUGGGUGAGUUGGACAUGGCGGAGGUGGGUGCGAAGGUGGUGCGUUCGAAUCCGGCCUUGUGCAAGCGGAUCAUUUUGGGGAUCAAGUGGGAGAUUUUCCGCAGCAUCCAGGCGACCAGUGAGGCUCUCGGCUUCGAACUGGACAUGCCACCCGCCGCCGCAGCACCAUUGGUGAGCAGCGAAGAGAUGGCCGCCGCUGCUCCCGGCAGCCGACUUAUCGCUGAGGCUGCCGUGCGCAUUGCCAUCCACGGAUGCGCCGGCUGUCUUGCUGGUGUGGGCAGUGUCCGCGAAGCCUCGCCGCAACUCCAAGACCUGAUGCGCGUCCCUGUGGACGCACCCGAACGUCAAAAACCACAGUGGCUACUCAGCCUUGUCCAGACCAGACGUCGCGAAAUGCUCAGCCAGGCUCUCAACGCUGCUAUCGAAUCCUACCACUGGGAAGUACUCAAAGGUCGCGAAAUGCUCGCCUUUGUCGAGUCGUGCUUCCGCAAGAACAAACGUCCCGCCGAACCCGCGGGAGAAGUGAUUAGAGAAAUCACAAACGACGCCAGUCACCAGAUGGUGACCCAACAGCAGAUGGUGGGCCAACGCAUGGUUGCCCACCAGAGCUCCCUGGUUGGCCAACAAGUGGUCGAACAGCAUACCGUUGGACGCCAGAUAUCCGGGCGGCAGAUGGUAGGCCAGCAAAUGAUUGCACGCCAGAUAUCAGGGCCACAGAUGGUAGGCCAGCAAAUGAUUGCACGCAAGAUAUCAGGGCCACAGAUGGUUGGCCAACAGGUGGUGGGACAGGUUGGCGCCACCCAACACGCACGGGUGACAAGCAUGCAGGUGUCUGCGACCCGAGCCACGAGUACAGCCACGAGCCCAACUAAUAUGCAGACGCAGUACGCAGGUCUGCCUCCGGCGCCGGUGAUGGUUACAGCGGAAGUGACACGGAGAGUUUCCGAGCAUUUUCAACGAGUCAGCUCACCUGCGGGCAGCAUUGGAUCCCCCGCGAGGAGCGUGCAGCCCGCGACCAUCCAGUAUGCAACCAUGCAGCCCGUGGCGACCAGCGCCACGGUGCAGGCGACUCGGAUGGUGAUGCAACCCUUCGUGGGAGCGUCGCCGUUCGGUCUGUCUCUGACGAGGACGGCUUCUUCGCCCGUGGAUUCCGGCUCGCAGCAGCAGAGGCCCGGGGUCGUCCGCACGACAACGAUGCCCCCCACGAUACCCCCCACAAGGGUGACCUCGACCUUCCAACAGAUACAGCAGGUGUCCAGCGCGCAGGCGGGUAGUCAAUCGCCGCAAACGACCGCUGCCUACGUCCCGGAUCCUGCGAUGCCGAAGGCGGGUGAUAUUGGGCCUACGUCCAGCAGCACCGCAAGGAUGCAGCUCGAGCAGAAGGCCCACGCUCAGUUUAACCAGAUGCUGCGUCAGAACCACGAACAGAGGGAGAGCAGUCCCAGCAAUGUAGUGAUGACCCGCACCAUGCUUGGUGCCUACCCCUCGGGUCUAGCCGCGACGGGUCUACCCACAACAGGUCUGCCUGCCACCGGUGUAAGUACCAUUGGUGUAAGCGCAACUGGCGGUGCGACCAUGCCCGGUCUAACCACGACCGGUCUAACCACCACUGGCCUAACCACCACUGGCCUAACUACCGCUAGUUUGAGUACCGCUGGCCUCGAGGAGAUGAAUAUUCCGUCGUUGUUGAGAGCUAGUCCUAGUGCUACUAACAAUGUUAUUGGGCGGCUGCCCAUUUCCCCGGCCUCGCAGGCUACUAUUCCUAACGUCAUGACGUCUCCUUCGCCUGCCGUUUUUGUGCAACGAGAUCUGAAGGGAUCCAAGAACCCUGGCGGCUCUCCGUUAGCCGCUUUGGAGGCAACACACUCAAAAUCCUACAUCACGGCACUCUACAAGGCGACUCAGUAA